AUGUUUCGCUUUUUCCUUUACAUUAUACCACUUCCCACCCCUCUACCAGGUUCUAACCUUUUGGAUCUAUGUAAUUCCCCAUUCUCCCUCUUUCCAUCACCCCUCCCAAUUCUCCCUCUUUCCAUCACCCCGCCCCAUUCUCCCUCUUUCCAUCAUCCAGCCCCAUUCUCCCUCUUUCCAUCACCCCGCCCCAUUCUCCCUCUUUCCAUCACCCAGCCCCAUUCUCCCGCUUUCCAUCACCCCGCCCUAUUCUCCCUCUUUCCAUCACCCUACCCCAUUCUCCCUCUUUCCAUCACCCCGCCCCAUUCUCCCGCUUUCCAUCACCCCGCCCCAUUCUCCCGUUUUUUAUCACCCAGCCUCAUUCUCCCUCUUUCCAUCACCCAGCCCCAUUCUCCCUCUUUCCACCCCGCCCCAUUCUCCCGCUUUCCAUCUCCCCGCCCCAUUCUCCCUCAUUCCAUCACCUCGCCCCAUUCUCCUGCUUUCCAUCACUCCGCACCGUCCCUCUUUCCAUCACCCCGCCCCAUCCAUCACCCCGCACCAUUCUCCCUCUUGCCAUCACCCCGCCCCAUUCUCCCUCUUUCCAUCACCCCGCCCCAUUCUCCCUCUUUCCAUCACCCCGCCCCUUCUCCCGCUUUCCAUCACCCCACCCCAUUUUCCCACUUUCCAUCACCCCGCCCCAUUCUCCCGCUUUCCAUCACCCGGUCCCAUUCUCCCUCUUUCCAUCACCCCGCCCUAUUCUCCCUCUUUCCAUUUAUCAUCCAGCCCAUUUCUCCCUCUUUCCAUCACCCGCCCCAUUCUCCCUCUUUCCAUCACCCCGCCCUAUUUUCCCUCUUUCCAUCACCCCGCCCCAUUCUCCCGCUUUCCAUCACACCGCCCCAUUCUCCCCCUUUCCAUCACCCCGCCCCGUUCUCUCGCUUUCCAUCACCCCGCCCCGUUCUCCCGCUUUCCAUCACCCCGCCCCGUUCUCCCGCUUUCCAUCACCCCGACCCGUUCUCCCGCUUUCCAUCACCCCGCCCUGUUCUCCCGCUUUCCAUCACCCUGCCCCGUUCUCCCGCUUUACAUCACCCCGCCGCGAUCUCCCGCUUUCCAUCACCCCGCCCCAUUCUCCCUCUUUACAUCAACCCGCCCCAUUCUCCCUCUUUCCAUCAUGCCGCACCAUUCUCCCUCUUGCCAUCACCCCGCCCCAUUCUCCCUCUUUCCAUCACCCCGCCCCUUCUCCCGCUUUCCAUCACCCCGCCCCAGUUUUCCGCUUUCCAUCACCCCGCCCCAUUUUCCCACUUUCCAUCACCCCGCCCCAUUCUCCCGCUUUCCAUCACCCGGUCCCAUUCUCCCUCUUUCCAUCACCCAGCCCUAUUCUCCCUCUUUCCAUUUAUCACCCAGCCCAUUUCUCCCUCUUUCCAUCACCCCGCCCCAUUCUCCCUCUUUCCAUCACCCCGCCCUAUUUUCCCUCUUUCCAUCACCCCGCCCCAUUCUCCCGCUUUCCAUCACCCCGCCCCAUUCUCCCCCUUUCCAUCACCCUGCCCCGUUCUCCCGCUUUCCAUCACCCCGCCCCGUUCUCCCGCUUUCCAUCACCCCGACCCGUUCUCCCGCUUUCCAUCACCCCGACCCGUUCUCCCGCUUUCCAUCACCCCGCCCCGUUCUCCCGCUUUACAUCACCUUGCCGCGAUCUCCCGCUUUCCAUCACCCCGCCCCAUUCUCCCUCUUUACAUCACCCCGCCCCAUUCUCCCUCUUUCCAUCACCCAGCCCCAUUCUCCCGCUUUCCAUCACGCCGCCCCAUUCUCCCUCUUUCCAUCACCCCGCCCCAUUCUCCCGCUUUCCAUCACCCCGCCCCAUUCUCCCUCUUUCCAUCACCCAGCCACAUACUCCCUCUUUCCAUCACCCUGUCCCAUUCUCCCUCUUUCCAUCACCCUGCCCCGUUCUCCCUCUUUCCAUCACCCCGCCCCAUUCUCCUACUUUCCAUCACCUCGCCCCAUUCUCCCGCUUUCCAUCACCCCGCCCCAUUCUCCCGCUUUCCAUCACCCCGCCCCAUUCUCCCUCUUUCCAUAACCCCACCCCAUUCUCCCGCUUUCCAUCAUCCCGCCCCAUUCUCCCGCUUUCCAUCACCCCGCCCCGUUCUCCCGCUUUCCAUCACCCCGCCCCAUUCUCCCGCUUUCCAUCACCCCGCCGUAUUCUCCCUCCUUCCAUCACCCCGCCCCAUUCUCCCGCUUUCCAUCACCCCGCCCCGUUCUCCCGCUUUCCAUCACCCCGCCCUUUUCUCCCGCUUUCCAUCACCCCGCCCCGUUCUCCCGCUUUACAUCACCCCGCCGCGAUCUCCUGCUUUCCAUCACCCCGCCCCAUUCUCCCUCUUUACAUCACCCCGCCCCAUUCUCCCUCUUUCCAUCACCCAGCCCCAUUCUCCCGCUUUCCAUCACGCCGCACCAUUCUCCCUCUUGCAUCACCCCGCCCCAUUCUCCCUCUUUCCAUCACCCCGCCCCAUUCUCCCUCUUUCCAUCACCCCGCCCCUUCUCCCGCUUUCCAUCACCCCGCCCCAUUUUCCCGCUUUCCAUCACCCCGCCCCAUUCUCUUGCUUUCCAUCACCCCGCCCCAUUCUCCCGCUUUCCAUCACCCGGUCCCAUUCUCCCUCUUUCCACCACCCUGCCCUAUUCUCCCUCUUUCCAUUUAUCACCCAGCCCAUUUCUCCCUCUUUCCAUCACCCCGCCCCAUUCUCCCUCUUUCCAUCACCCCGCCCUAUAUUCCCUCUUUCCAUCACCCCGCCCCAUUCUCCCGCUUUCCAUCACCCCGCCCCAUUCUCCCCCUUUCCAUCACCCCGCCCCGUUCUCCCGCUUUCGAUCACCCCGCCCCGUUCUCCCACUUUCCAUCACCCCGACCCGUUCUCCCGCUUUCCAUCACCCCGACCCGUUCUCCCGCUUUCCAUCACCCCGCCCUCCCCAUUCUCCCGCUUUCCAUCACGCCGCCCCAUUCUCCCUCUUUCCAUCACCCCGCCCCAUUCUCCCGCUUUCCAUCACCCCGCACCAUUCUCCCUCUUUCCAUCACCCCGCCCCAUUCUCCCGCUUUCCAUCACCCCGCCCCAUUCUCCCGCUUUCCAUCACCCCGCCCCAUUCUCCCGCUUUCCAUCACCCUGCCCCAUUCUCCCGCUUUCCAUCACCACGCCUCAUUGUCCCUCUUUCCAUCACCCCGCCCCAUUCUCCCGCUUUCCAUCACCCCGACCCAUUCUCCCUCUUUCCAUCACCCCGCCCCAUUCUCCUGCUUUCCAUCUCCCCGCCCCGUUCUCCCGCAAACCAACACCCCGCCCCGUUCUCCCGCUUUCCAUCACCCCGCCCCAUUCUCCCGCUUUCCAUCACCCCGCCGCAUUCUCCCUCCUUCCAUCACCCUGCCCCAUUCUCCCUCUUUCCAUCACCCCGCCCCAUUCUCCCGUUUUCCAUUACGCCGCCCCAUUCUCUCUCUUUCCAUCACCCCGCCCCAUUCUCCCGCUUUCCAUCACCCCGCCCCAUUUUCCCUCUUUCCAUAACCCCGCCCCAUUCUCCCGCUUUCCAUCACCCCGCCCCAUUCUCCCGCUUUUCAUCACCCCGCCCCAUUCUCCCGCUUUCCAUCACCCUGCCCCAUUCUCCCGCUUUCCAUCACCCCGCCUGAUUGUCCCUCUUUCCAUCACCCCACCCCAUUCUCCCGCUUUCCAUCACCCCGACCCAUUCUCCCUCUUUCCAUCACCCCGCCCCAUUCUCCUGCUUUCCAUCUCCCCGCCCCGUUCUCCCGCUUUCCAUCACCCGCCCCGUUCUCCCGCUUUCCAUCACCCCGCCCCAAUCUCCCGCUUUCCAUCACCCCGCCCCGAUCUCCCGCUUUCCAUCACCCUGCCCCAUUCUCCCUCUUUCCAUCACCCCGCCCCGUUCUCCCGCUUUCCAUCACCCAGCCCCAUUCACCCGCUUUCCAUCACCCCGCCCCAUUCUCCCGCUUUCCAUCACCCCACCCCAUUCUCCCGCUUUCCAUCGCCCCGCCCCAUUCUCCCGCUUUCCAUCGCCCCGCCCCAUUCUCCCGCUUUCCAUCACCCCGCCCCAUUCUCCCUCUUUCCAUCACCCCGCCCCAUUCUCCCGCUUUCCAUCACUCCGCCCCAUUCUCCCGCUUUCCAUCACCCCGCCCAUUUCUCCCGCUUUCCAUCACCCCACCCCAUUCUCCCUCUUUCCAUCACCCAACCCCAUUCUCCCUCUUUCCAACACCCCGCCCCAUUCUCCCGCUUUCCAUCACCCCGCCCCAUUCUCCCACUUUCCAUCACUCCGCCACAUUCUCCCUCUUUCCAUCACCCCGCCCCAUUCUCCCGCUUUCCAUCACCCAGCCCCAUUCUCCCUCUUUCAAUCACCCCGCCCCAUUCUCCCUCUUUCCAUCACCCAGCCCAUUUCUCCCGCUUUCCAUCACCCCGCCCCAUUCUCCCUCUUUCCAUCACCCCGCCCUAUUCUCCCUCUUUCCAUCACCCCGCCCCAUUCUCCCUCUUUCCAUCACCCAGCCACAUACUCCCUCUUUCCAUCACCCUGUCCCAUUCUCCCUCUUUCCAUCACCCUGCCCCGUUCUCCCUCUUUCCAUCACCCCGCCCCAUUCUCCUACUUUCCAUCACCUCGCCCCAUUCUCCCGCUUUCCAUCACCCCGCCCCAUUCUCCCGCUUUCCAUCACCCCGCCCCAUUCUCCCUCUUUCCAUCACCCCACCCCAUUCUCCCGCUUUCCAUCAUCCCGCCCCAUUCUCCCUCUUUCCAUCACCCUGCCCCAUUCUCCCUCUUUCAAUCACCCCGACCCAUUCUCCCACUUUCCAUCACCGGGGCGGGGUGAUGGAAAGUGUGAGAAUGGGGCGGGGUGAUGGAAAGAGGGAGAAUGGGGCAGGGCGAUAG